AUGAAGGAAAAAAUCAGGACUAUUGCAGAAAAAAUUACUAAAUAGAAAAGAAACAAAAAUAAGCUUAUUAUAAACAACAAAGUAAAAAAUCUGCUUGAUAAAUUUCGUAUAUAAAAGAGCUCAGAUACUUAAUCAAUGAGUACUUUAAAUUCGACCAAUUUUAAUGAAAUGAGCUUGUCUAGGUCACCGACUAUAAUACAAUCAUAAAACUCCUCAAAGCUAAAAAGUGCUCUGACAAACUAAAAUAACGUAUAUUAAGUUUAGAAGGCUCAAACGACUUGCAAUAGCCCUCUAAAGUUAUAUCAUCACUAAAAAUCAUUGUUUCAUAAUCCGACUGAAAAUUGUAUGUUUGGAACAUAGGAUUAAGCAGAUCCUAGACUAUAUUAGCCUCCUAGAUAUAAAUUUUCUGAUAAAGUAGAGAUUAAAGGCUUCAAGUUUAACUUAGUUUAAACUGAGACUGAAUCAUCAAGGAACUCAUUUAGAAAGAGUGUUAAACUAUUUCACGAUCCCAAUAAGCUUUGA